AUGGACUGGGAGACCAACGUUUCCGACGACCCACCUGAACUGAAGGUUACGUUCCAUCCAAAUCUAUAUCUUCAAAGGAGAGGAUGGGUGCUGGAUCAGCUCAGGCGGGAAGCAGUGACCCGAGUGCUCGACGUUGGAUGCGGCGAAGGGGAAUUGCUAGCAUGUCUCUGUCAGCCGGCCCCAUGGCUCCCCCCGCCACCGAGCGAACUACUCCCUAAUGGCCAUGGCAUGUCUAUAUACGCGGAUCCGUCUACCAGCGACCGGCCCUACUACCCUGUGCCAAACUCACUGCCCGACAAGAUUGCCAACCUCCAUCCGACACACAUCGCCGGCCUCGACGUAUCAGAGAUCGAUCUGGAAUACGCGAUAGCGGGCACCGCGCCCAAGCCGCCCGCGCACUGGAACGAGAACGUGCGUUGGGAGGAGCUGGAGGUAAAGAUCUGGAAGGGGGGCCUGGAGAGCGUGAACGAGGAGUUCGUGGGCGUCGAGUGCAUAGUGGCCAUGGAAGUCAUUGAGCACUUGACCGAAGACGUCUUACCGGCAUUCGCGCCCAUACUCCUCGGGGUGUACCAUCCACGCCUCCUGCUAGUGACGACCCCGAACUUCACGUUUAACGCCCGGUUCCACCCUCCCGACACCCCUGGCUCACGAGUGGGCGGGUACCCUGAUCCCACUCGGCGGACGGACAGGGUCUUCAGACAUCACGAUCACAAGUUUGAAUGGACUGUUAGUGAGUUCAAAGAGUGGUGCGAGAGCGUGGCGGGGGAGUGGGGGUAUGCAGUCGAGGUAGAUGGAGUAGGGAAAGCGGCGGAGCCGGACGAAUGGGGGCGCGACGAGGAACUGGGAUAUGCUACCCAAGUAGCGAAAUUCAUGCGCGUAGAAGACCAGGAGAGCCAAGAUAGAAGAGCAAGGAAGGCGGAAGAAGUACUCGAGGGCGGCAGUAAAGCCCGUAUGCAUGAACUGCUGAAGACGCACCACUAUCUUCCCCAUCCCAAAGCCCGACGCCCAGUGCCGCUAAAUGAAAUUGGAGACGCGGUCGCGGCGAAGAUGCAGUCCUUCGGGCAGACUGUCAUCAGACUCGAGGAGCUGUGGUGGGAGCAGGAAAUCUCGGUCAUGUGCGGUGGCUGGUUCGAGUACCUAGUUGCGGCAGUCGAACAGCACAAAGGACUGGAGAUCAGGAAAGAAGAGGGCGCGGAGAGGUCGGAAUGGCAUGUGGUGCUUCUCGGUGGGGUUCAAACUGAGGCAAAGCCCAAGUCCUGGUGGAAUGAGCCCGAGGAGGACUUGUUCGAAGAUCCCGAGUACGAAACUGAAGAGUCGGCCGUAGAGGAGGCACGGACAGAGAGGUUCAGCAAUAGUCAUGCUGGGUGGUCAGUACAGGAUACAAAUAAAGAGUCGGAGGUGGAUACCUGGCAGUCCGGAUGGGGUUCAGGAUCGGAUUCGGGAUGGGGUACAGACUCAGGGCAAGAGUGGGGCACAGACACUCCUGCAUAG